AUGGCGCCACAAUCCUCGUCCACUCCCAACACCUCGAGUGCUGCGUCCACCCCGACGCCCUCACCCGCACCCUCACCUAUACCUCCUCCCGUACCCGUCGAGACUCACCCCAAUCGAGGCAAACCACAGGUCAAUCGCAUCGCCCCCGAUCCGAAUCGCCUUGCUCCUGAAGAUGCGUACAAGACUUUUUCGCCGCCACGACUGCGACCGGUCCCAGAGAUCAGUGGUUCUGCGGCCGCAAACGCUGCCGCUGCCGCUCUCCGACCAGCAGUUGCGUCCCUACGAGCACCGCCAGCGAUCCCUCCGGUCGCUGCUCGAAUAGCCGAAGAAAGACGACGGGCAGCCAGCAGGAGACGGAAGCAACCCCACAUUUGGAAGAAAUUGUUGUGGAUUAAACAGCAUGGAUUCCCAGACAACUAUACGGAUACCGAAACCUUUCUAGACCACCUGCAGAGGAAUCCUCGGCUGAGACCGUAUGAUUUCUGGCCGCUGGUGGCAGACUCGGCGGUCAUCGUGCAGCAUGUAUGCUCCGUGGCCAUCUUCAUCUGCGCCUAUGCCGGAAUCUACCAGGGCCGCCUGUCGCCGGUCUCGGUGGUGACUUGUGGCACGAUUUUGACGGUCGGUGGAUGGAUUGUGUGGGAUCAUUGGAUGGGUCAGCAAGAAGCAGAAGAGUUGGCGGUGCUGCACAAGGCAAACCGGCUUUCGGUCGACGUUGACGACGGCUCGAGUACCAGCUCUGGAGGUUCUUCCAAGAUCCAGAUGAACGGUAAUGGACAUGUUGGCAAUGGACAUGUGAACGGCACACUGGGAGGAAGAGGCGUGGGCUUGAAACUCUCGACCGCGAACCUUGGGGUCAAGGAUCACGAGUCGAAGUUCCCGGGGAAGCAUGCCCAGUCGCUGUCCAAGUCAUCCUUCCAGUCCAUUUCUCCCAUCGACCCAUUGGGCGAUGGCUCAGUGGAACCAUUCCCCGACCUACGACCGACGACGUCUCGACCACAAGUGCCUCAGUCGCCCAGCAUCGUGUAUAGUCCAACGACGUUACCGGCCACGAUAUCCCCCCGAAACCAAGCGCGGCUCAAAACGCUCAAAUCUGCCUCCUUGAUCUAUUUUGCACUGUUGGGUCUUUCGCCCAUCCUCAAAUCUCUCACGAAAUCGACCUCGUCGGACUCCAUCUGGGCGUUGGCGACAUGGCUUCUGAUCAUCAACAUCUUCUUCUUCGACUAUGGGAGUCUCUACCUGCCCAAAAAGCCAGAGCAUGCAGGGCGAGCACCUGGGAUAGCCAACGCGACACCCACGGACCCGUCACCACCUCAACUGAGUAAUACUUUCCGGCCGCCCCCAUUUCCAUCCUCGCUGUCGACCAAUGCUGCGCUGAUGGCUAGCACGGUGCUUGCUUCACGACUCCUGACCACCACGGCGGUGUUCAGCCUGACUCUAUUUUCGAUCCAAGUGUUUGGCCUGUUCCCGGUGUUCCGGCGGCAUCUCCAUUACAAUUCACUUAAGCUGCAUCUGCUUCUUACUUUCGCGCUGGUCACCAUGUCCACCUGCGGCCUGGGACUGAUCCUCUCUAAAUCCUACACACAUACAUAUGGCAACUGCGGGCUGUGUUGGGGCUGGAUCUGGCAUGUGAUUCUGCGGAGCACGAUCGGGUUUGUUGUCGGCGGACUUAGCACCGCAUUUGUCAUGGGCGGAUGUUCCUGGUGGCUGAUUGGACUCCAGCGAUACAAGAACGUGGUGAUUGGGCCCUGGGAUCCAGCCAAACCCGUGCUUGCUGGCGGCGUCUAUGGAAGAAGUAGAACUGGAACCGACUGA